UGGAUGAUGGAUGGGAUGGGAUGGCGUCGAUAAGUCGGACAGCAGCCAGCAGUUUCGCCAGUUCCCCACCCACUCCUCCCUUCCCCUUCCUUCUUCCCUCCCUCCCUCGGGCCGUGGAGCCCGGUCAGACGCACAAGGACACACGCAACGAGCCAGGACUGACGACUGCGUCUCUCCUCCUUCUUCUCCUUCUCCGCCUCCGCUCAUCUUCCACCACCACUGUCUCUUCUCUUGUUCCUUGCACGCCUCUUUGGUCUCCGUGCGCGUGUUAGGCGGAGAAGCGCGAUGAUGAAGGCGGGGGAGCGGCCCAACUCGAAGCUGCUCCGCGGCGGCCGGCAGGAUUCGCGCCGGUUCCGGCUGCUGGCCGUCGUCGUCGGCUUCUUCAUCGUCUCCCUCACCUUCGUCCUCGUCUCCAAGCCCGACGCCAUCCUCUUCGGCCUGAACGGCAGGCUGCCGGCGGAGCAGGCGCCGGCGUCCAUCCUGAUCCAGCAGAAGGUCAACACGCCCGCCCAGAAGACCUCCACCGACGCCGUCAUCGGUGGAGACCCCAAAGUGGUCGACGAUGAAACCUAUGUAAAGCCAAAAGAGAGGAGAGGCGGCGAGGAGGAGGACCAUCAGGUGCUGAGCGAGCCGGACCCGGCCAGCGGGAUGGCGGAGCCGGCCGCCAACAAGGACGGCGACGCCCGUAAGUCGACCGAGGAGACGUUAGGUGGGGAGAGGAAAGACGUGGAGGACGAGGGGGAGCGGGAGGAGGAGAAGCACGCCAAGGUCACGCUCCCGACCGUCUCCAAUUACACCAUUCAUGACGCCGAGGACGCCGAGAAUGCCAAGCAAGAAGGCUCGAGCUUGAGCACCAACGUCCAGGAGCAGCAGGGGAGCAAGCCGCUGUGCGACUUCUCCAACUUCCGGGCGAACGUGUGCGAGAUGCGCGGCGACGUGAGGGUGCACCCGAAGGCGGCCUCGGUGCUGUUCAUGGAGCCCGAGGGGUCGCGGAGGGACGAGGUGUGGAAGAUCAAGCCCUACCCGCGGAAGGGCGACGAGUUCUGCCUCAGCCACAUCACGGAGCUGACGGUCAAGUCCAGCAAGGUGGCCGCCGAGUGCACCCGGUACCACGACGUGCCCGUCGUCAUCUUCUCGCUCACCGGCUACACGGGCAACCUCUUCCACGACUUCACCGACGUGAUCGUGCCGCUCUUCACCACGGCCGCCCAGUUCGACGGCGAGGUGCAGUUCCUCAUCACGGACAUGGCGCUCUGGUGGACCGUUAAGUACCACACCCUGCUCCAGAAGCUGUCCAAGUACCCCUUGAUCGACUUCAGCAAGGACGACCAGGUGCGCUGCUUCAAGCACGCCAUCGUCGGCACGCACGCCUACAUGGAGUUCACCAUCGACGCCGCCAAGUCGCCGAACGGGGUCACCAUGGUCGACUUCAACCGGUUCAUGCGCGCCGCCUACUCGCUGCCCAAGGCCGCCGCGGCGGCGCUCGGGGAGAGCCCCAGGGUGAAGCCCAGGCUGCUCAUCAUCAAGCGGCACCGGACGAGGAUGUUCCUGAACCUGGAGGAGAUCAUCGGCAUGGCCGAGGAGCUCGGGUUCGAGGUGGUGAUCGACGAGGCCAACGUGAGCUCCGACAUCAACGGCUUCGCGAGGCUGGUGAACUCGGUGGACGUGAUGAUGGGCGUGCACGGCGCCGGGCUCACCAACUGCGUCUUCCUGCCGCAGAACGCGACGCUCAUCCAGAUCGUGCCCUUCGGCGGCCUCGACUGGAUCUCCCGCACCGACUUCGGGAACCCGUCGGAGAUGAUGGGCCUCCGGUACAAGCAGUACGCCAUCACCGUCGACGAGAGCAGCCUCACCGACCACUACCCGAGGGACCACAAGAUCUUCAAGGACCCCAUCUCCUUCCACAAGCGUGGGUUCGAGUUCAUCCGGCGCACCUUCAUGGACAAGCAGAACGUGAGGCUCGACUGCAAGAGGUUCAGACCUGUGCUGCUGGAGGCACUCGACAACCUCAACCAGUAAUUUUAAGGCAACUUGCCACCCAUUUUUACCAUUCGUUUCGUGAAAUUUGUUGUUCAUUCUCUCAUGGCGUGUAUGUAUGGUCUAAACUAUAGAGAUUUUGUCUAGGAAUUACUCGUGUAAACUGUAUAAAUUAAAUUGCCCGCCGCUGCAAAGAUGGAACAAAAUUCAUUGAAAUGAUAUAGGCCCCUCACAUUGUUUGUCAGGAA